CCAACACUAAUCAUGUAACCCAGCACGCUUUCGUCAUUUCCGGUGCGUCCAGCAUACCAGUGCUCUGGCUGUUGAGUAGGAAGGAGAUUUUGAGCACCCGAUAAUGGAGACUUAAAAAAAUGGACUCUAAUGGAAAUUAUGCAAAAAAUGCAAUCUCUGAUUAUGACUUGUUGACCAACGUUGACGCAUUUAAUAAUCUCAAUCUAUCACAUAAUGAUAAUUCUUCUCUCAUGCUGUCACAUGAAAAACAUCAGACAACUCAAGAAAUGGAAACAUUAGAGGAAUUUGAAUCUUAUUCAUUAGAGAGACUAUUCGAGCACAACAAUGAGCUACAGUCUAGUAAUUUGGAUAUAGAACAGGAACAAGUCCCUGGAUCAUCCAGCGCAUUAUUUAAUGUAACAACCCGAGAACAUGGAAGUCAAACAACCGUCAAUAAGAAGCACAAAAUCAAAAAAUUACAAAAAAAACUUUGUGAAAAGUAUUCUGGUGAAGCGCAAAAUUCAUCUUGUUUUUCACAGAACCCACUAGCAAUCGACAAUGCACGUUAUAUUGAAUUCAACUGUCCGGCCAUUGAAGGCCGUAUAGGUAUCGUCGAUUGGUGCAAGUGCCAUGAAUGUAUACCUAUGUCUAGCCAUCUGGAAUCCAUAUGCUGUCAGGAAGUAGAAAACACUGUAAAAUAUAUGUCAAACCUUACUUGUAUCAGUCAGCAUGAAUUUUUUUCUAUUUUCUGUAAUCGUGUAGAAACAGUAAACAUUACUCAACAAAUUAUUGGUGAUGUUAGAAGACCACCUCCGAGGAAAUAA